CUGGCUGCCCAGAGAGGUGGCGGGGUCGCCGUCCCUGGCAGCGUCCAAGAGGCGUCUGGAUGAGGAGCUGUGAGAUCUGGUCGAGUGCUUGUGGGAGCAGUGGUGAUGGGAGGGCAGUUGGGACUAGAUGAUCUUGCAGGUGGUUUUCAACCUUGUGAUUCUAUGAUUCUAAAGCUGUAGUCCAGCCCUGCUGCUGCUCUGUGGCACAAAGCUCUGAGCAGUGCUCUGUACUGUUAGCGUAAGGGAAGUCCGAGCCAUGCAGUGUGAUUCACAGUCAACUUUAAGCCUUUUUGUUUUGAAUUUUAGGUGGUUUUGCAGAGGUGAAACUCGGACGGCAUCUUUUUACUGGUGAAAAAGUUGGAGCAAAAAUCAUGGACCAAGUUGCUUUAGGGGAUGACUUGCCUCAUGUUAGAACAGAAAUUGGUGCCAUGAAGAACUGAAGUCAGCAAGAUGUUUGCCAAUUGUAUCAUGUAACAGAGACAUCAAAGAAAAUAUUCAUGGUCUUGGAGCAUUGUCCUGGAGGGAAGCUGUUUGAUUAUAUUGUUUCUAAGGACCACCUUUCAGAAGAGGAAGCUCGAGUCUUUUUUCAACAGACUGUUUCAGCACUUGCUUAUGUUCCCAGUCAGGGUCAUGCCCACAGAGACCUCAAACCAGAAGAUCCGCUGAUUGAUGAGAAACAUGUUUCUCAUAAUUUGAAGCUGACAGACUUUGGACUCUGUGCAAAGCCAAAGGGAGGCCUUGAUGACCGCCUGAACACGUGCUGUGGAAGCCCAGCAUGUGCAGCACCAGAGCUAAUCCAGGGCAAAGCCUAUAUUGGCUCAGAGCUGGGGCACCUUGAUGAAGACUGUGCAACAGAACUUGCUGUGUUUCACAACCAGAGCAGAGAGAGUAUAUCAGCAUUAAUAUCAGAGGAAGGUUCGUGGCAAGCGCAUCCACUUAAGGAUUCCAUCACAAACGACGUGCAGUACAACACAGCCAGCAAGCCAGGGAAGAAUCUCAACUGAACACUUCUUUUCAGUCUGAAAAGGCUGUGACAUCUGAAGAUGUGCCAGGUUGCAGCCAUGUGCCACAUGCAUUUGGAUCCAUGGAAUUUGCUGAUGGAACUUCAUUGUUUGAAGAAUCUCCACUAGAAGAGUUUGUUCUAAAUGCUCACAGAACAAAGCAGGUGUCUGAAGAUCCAGUGCUAGUUUCUGACAGAAAAAAUACAAUUCUUAAUCCAGAAAUCUGCUUCUCAGUGUGUAUAAUGCUUAUUACAUAUUUAAGUAUCUAGAGGACCUUGACCAAAGGGAGAUACAGAUUGAGCAAAGAAGUGUGUUGAGCAUAAAUUGUGAUGCCUUCUACCUGAAAGCCAUGGUUCAUUUGAUGAGAACCUUAACUUCAGUGUUCAGUUUGCACUGAAACAGCGAGUAAGGAAACAAGCGAAGGAGUCAGUGAGGAUUUUAAAACAAAAUGGGAAGUGAUAAGGCACAGUUAAUAAGAUUUUGGAGUUAGGCAAGAGGUGGACAGAGCUUUAAAUGUACCGACAGAAAUUCAAUCUCUCUGUAUGGGACAAGAAAACCCACAGUGAAGCAAUUCAAAUUUCGCAGCUAAAAAAGUGAUAAUUCAUAGCUAUGUUUAGAUAAGCUGGUGAGGAGUAAUCCUAAAUGUAGAAUUCAGAUGAACAGAUAGAAAAAUGGCACUUGACAAUCUAUAAGAAGCAAACUCAUUUUAGGGGAGAAUCAGAGGUACUGAAGAGUUUUUAACUACUUUGCUCAAUAGACAAGUAGUGUAUGAUGUUUUUAUGAGCAUUGUGUCUGACCUGCUUAGAUGUUAGAAUUUCCUUGACAGUGACUUCUCUGGAUGUGAUUGCAGUACCUGGCAGCAUUCAAGGUGUGAUACUCAGCUGGGCGAUAUGGAAUUCACACUGUCAGCUCCAGUGACAGGAAAAGUGGCAUCUAUGAAGCAUGCAAAGAAAUGUGGAUGCAGAGUCAGCAUUAAGAAAUGCGCUGCCCUUUGCACUUCCUGCUCCAAAGGCCUCCUUUCCAAAGAGUGAGACACAGAAGCAAGUGCAAGGCAAACCCCUCCAGGCACCUCCUUCCAAAGAGAGCCAGUGCACGACAGUCAUCGCAGUUAAGAAGCCCAAAACACCAGCAAAUACAUAUGAACUGACAGCAACUGAGGUUCUUCCUGAGAAGAGGUAAGUGUGCAGUUAUCUGUAUAUGUUCUUGGUUUAGAGCAGCGCUACCUCAAUCAGUGAACAGCCUAGGAAGCAUUGUUCACAACAGCAAGCUGUAUUUCCUUUCUCUUGGUUAAAAUUCUCCUAAAACCUCUUGUAUUCCCUGGGAAACACUGAAAGCAGAAAAUAAAAAUUAAAACUAGAAGUCACUCA